AUGGCCACCAUAAUGCAGCAAAGCCCACAAGAUGCCAGCUAUUUCUGGCGAAGCAGUUCAGACACCUGGACGAGCAAUCACGUAUGGGAACCCCAAGAGCGCAGACGCUCCAUGGACGACGAAGAGGAAGUACUCUACGAACUCGACGAAGUCGCCCUAGCACAACUACCACUGCAUCUCCAACACAACAUGCGUCAAAUACAGCUGGAACGAAUACGCAAACUACUGCACGACCGGGAUCCGAAUUCCGGGCUUGACCCCAGACCUGUACACCCUAAUCCCUACGCGCAAACCUGGUUCAAGAACAUGAUGGCGCGACUCUCAGCAGACCAAGAGAUGAAUGAAGUCCACGAAUGGCGCCAGUCGGUACAGCUUGACGGCGAACCAGACGACACUACCUGGCCUCUGGUUCCACGACAGUGGACUGGCAACAGACAGCACUAUGAUCGGAGAACCUGGCACUUUGAUCAUGCGACUUCGGGAGAAAACAGUUUCAACGCUUAUUCGACAGGCAGCACACGUGUAUGCAGUCUGCAUGGACUGGGGGUCAAUGAGUUUGGAUUCCGCCUAUCCGAGUCUGGUUCACAUGGUAGUAGAGACCAGAAGCAGGAGGUCGGAAAGGUCUCUUCGAAGCCUCGGAAGAGGAACUUGUCUCUUAUUACGCAUAUGCGGGCUCAUGUGCGUUUUCGGGUACGCAAGAGUGUUCAGAAGCUAAGCAAGCUCCUGAAGAAGUGA